AUGGGUGCAACACAGCGCUGGAGGAGGCCAUGUGCCCUGCUGCCGCUGCUUUUACUCUGCACUCAAGCAUUUCUGGACAUUCCACGCAACUAUUCAUUUCUGAACAUACCAGCACCUCCGGUUCUACUCGUGACCCCUGAGUCCUUCACUGCCUUUUCCCCAGCCAACGUAGUCCUGCCAUGUGAGGCCAACGGAAACCCCACUCCCACGUUCCGUUGGGUGAAAGAUGGCGAGGUGAUGGACCUGGAGCUCAUUGGCGAUGGGACACUCCGUGCAGAUGCUAAUGACAGUUUGGACAUGUACCAUGGCGCAUAUCGCUGCUACGCCUCCAACACCCUGGGGACCGCGGUGACCCAAACCGUGCAUGUCAUCGUAGAGCGUCACCCAGUUAUUCAGAAGCAGCAGAAAACAAAGAAGAGAGCAUUUGAAGGGGAAAGCCUGGUACUGACCUGCAAUCCUCCAGAGAGCUCCACCCCUCCACACAUUCACUGGAUGGACCGGAAGAUGGUCCACAUAAAGCUGAGCGAGCGUGUCACAGCUGGUCUGGAUGGAAACCUGUACUUCUCAAACCUGCUCAAGUCCGACUCCAGGUCUGACUACACCUGCAACGCACAGUACCUGGCAGCCAUGACAGUCCUGCCUGAGACCACCGUGGCCUUGACUGUCACGCCGAGUAACAGUGUUCUCCACGGCAGAAAGCCCCGUCUCUUCACUCCCUCUGGCCUCCGAAGCUCUGUCCUGACUCUGAGAGGAAACAGCCUGACCCUAGAGUGCAUACCCAGCGGACUGCCGACUCCGAAGGUGGAGUGGAUAAAAAAGGACGGGCGUCUGCAGGACACUACAGCGGAGGUGUCCAACUACGGCCGCUGGCUUCACUUUGAGAGCGUGGAGCUGAGCGACGAUGGGGAAUACCAAUGCAGGGCCUACAACGAGCACGGAGAAACUAGACACGCCUACAGCAUCACUGUGGAAGCCGCUCCAUACUGGGUGAAGGAGCCGCAGAACCUGAUGUAUGCUCCAGGAGAGAAUGUGCGGCUAGACUGCCAGGCUGAAGGCAUCCCCACCCCGACGGUCAGAUGGACCAUGAAUGGAUUACCCAUGUCCCAAGUAGACCCCGAGCCUCGGCGGAGUGUGUCCGGUAGUGUCCUGAGGCUUCUGGAUGUGGAGGUGUCCGACACUGCAGUGUUUCAGUGCGAGGCCCAGAACAAGCACGGCUCCAUCCUCCUCAACACAUACAUCAACGUUGUGGAUGACAUGGACGGGGUCAAGUCAGAACUGACUGACGCCGUCAAACGCAUUGCUUAUUUGGAGACAAAGACUGAGCACUUGGAGAACCGAGGGAGGCGCAAGAAUCUGAGGCUUGUGGGACUACCUGAGUCGCCCGAAAAAAACAUGCCCAUGGUGGAGUACGUUCAACACAUGCUACCAAUCUGGCGUGGCCUCGACACCUCCAGAACCUUCGCCUUGGAAAUGGCACACCGCAUUUUGGCGAAACCCAGACCGGGACCGAACAGAGCUGUAAUCAUUCGUUUCACUGAGAUGGAGAAGCGGCUGCACAAUGGUCAGGGCUUCAUGUACAAAGUGUGGUGGCGCGAGGCGGGGAAGAAGGAUCAACGCUGGAACAGCAACUCCACCAACGGCCCCCCCUUUGUGGUGACAGGCAGUGGCACGUACACCCCCUUCGAGAUCAAAGUGCAGGCCGUCAACGCCAUCGGGGACGGGCCGGUGCCAGAGGCGGAAAUUGGCCACUCCGGAGAGGAUGUGCCCCUUGAGGCCCCUGGUGGAGUCACAGUCAGAGUGAUGAACAGCACCAUCAGAGUCAAGUGGAAUGAGGCUCAGAACGUACGUGGACUGUUGCUGGGAUACAAGAUCUACCUCCGUAAACAGGGCCCAAAAGCAGAGCGCCGCCGCAGGUCACUGGAAGAAGUACAGUUUGAUGAGCAUGACGAUGAAGAGAUGCAGCAAGAGGAGGAGAUGGAGCGUGUGGUGGAGGUCCGAGGCAUGAGGACCUCUGAGGAGAUUACGGGACUCAAGCUCUACUCCAUAUACCACCUGUCAAUCACAGCCUUCAACAGCAAAGGACAGGGCCCGCCUUCUGCCGUGGAGCGCUUCGAGACUCCGGAGGGAGCUCCAGGCCCUCCCGCCUUGCUUACCUCGGACAGCUCCUCAGACACCUCUCUGGUCCUGGUCUGGACUCCUCCAGUGGAAACCAAUGGCAUCCUGCUGGGAUACAUCAUUCAGUAUCAACAAGAGGAGGGUGGGGACCUGGAGUACCUUUUCAUCAGUGAUCCUAGUACCACCCACACAGAGCUGCAGUCUCUGAACUCUAGCUCCUACUACCUGUUCAGUGUGAGAGGGCGGACCGCGGCUGGUGACGGGCCCGCGGUGAGGCUCCGAGCAGCCACACAACUGGACGGAGUUCCUCCGUCAAACGUCACCAUGUAUUUUGGAGACACGUAUUUGAACCUGAGCUGGGUCCCCGGUCCCAGAGAGGGAAACCAUGGCUUCCACAUCCACUACCUGACCAAGAGCGCUGGAGCGGCCUGGCGACAGUCGGAAUUGGUAAACUCAUCCCAGGGCUUCUACACGCUGAGCGGACUGGAGCCUGGGACAACCUACCACCUGCUCAUCCUGCACCACAACAGCACACAGUGGGAGCAGAUUGUGCAAACCAAAGGACCAGAGCUGUCAGAGAUGCCUGGAGGGUUUGCCACUCAAGGCUGGUUCAUCGGACUCAUUAGCGCCAUCAUCCUGCUGGUGUUGAUACUACUGAUCCUCUGCCUUAUAAAGCGGCGCAAAGGAGGCAAAUACGCAGUGAAAGACAAGGAGGACAAAGAGGUGGAUUGUGAAGCUCGGCCGAUGAAAGACGAGACCUUUGGAGAAUACAGUGACGGAGAUGAGAAGCGCUCGGACAGCCAGCCCUCCUUGUGCCCCUCCAAGGCUAGUGACGACUCCCUAGCUGAGUACGGCGACAGCGUGGACAUCCAGUUUAAUGAAGAUGGCUCCUUCAUCGGCCAGUACAGCGGGAGAGGAGCGGCUCCCAACGAGAGCUCGGGGCCCGCCUCACCCAUGGCCACCAGCCCUCCCCCUCCCAUACCACUCAUACCAUCCAUACCACCCAACGCACUGCACCGGCACAGCUAG